CGCCUAAAGUACUAAUUAAUACAACCCAGGUUGCAACUUGCAAAAGAAACAUCGCGAAUUUAUAUAAAUAUUGAGGAAACAAGAAGCGUGUAUAUUUAUUGAUUCGUUUCAUAUCAGAAAAUCAAUUGAAUCAUUCAUAAACAUGAGUAUUGAAGAGUUACGACAAGAUUCUGAGGAAUUCUCAAAACUUUUGGGAGAAGCCACUAGGCAGCGUGUUAAGGAUGCACUAAUUCAUGCCAAAGCUGAGGUGGAUCGUGAGAUAGUAACGUUGGAGUUUAAGGCUAAACAAGCCGAGGAGAGUAAAGAACAAGGACCCAGAAGAUAUUUUAGUGAACUCACAGAAUACGGUUGGGAUCAAAGUGACAAGUUCGUUAAAAUAUUCAUUACUUUGGGAGGCGUCCAAAAUUUAGAUGAAUCAGCAGUUGUUACUAAAUUUACCGAAAACUCAAUGAAUGUGAAUGUUUCGAAUUUGCAUGGCAAAGACUAUGGUUUGGUUAUAAACAAUUUACUUGAACCAAUUGAUGUUGUAAAAAGUUAUCGCAAGAUAAAGACCGGCAUGAUUGCCAUUUAUCUUAAGAAAGCCACCGAGGGUAGACACUGGUCCUGUUUGACCUCGAUUCAAAAACGUUUAAAGGAACACCAAGAUACCGAAUUGAAGUCCUCAGACUCGGACAAUCCUUCGGAUGCUCUUGUCAACAUAAUGAAGAAAAUGUAUAUGACUGGAGAUACCAAAACGAAGCAGAUGAUUGCUAAAGCUUGGACUGAAAGUCAGGAAAAGAUACAUAAAGGCGAUGCCAGCAGUUUGGAUCUAUCGUCCAUGUAAACAGCAGCCAACAAGACAAAUGCAUAUUUUAAAGAGAAAUAACCGUCGUCGGCUAGAGUAGUUGAAUUAUUUUUGAUGAAAUGGAACUUGAUGUCUAAAUAAUUAGUUCGCAUUCGUAAUUCCUUGAAUUGUUUUAUGUACAAUUCCAUAGUUUUUAAUUUCCGUAUUUGUACAAAUAUGUAUUCUAAUAGUAAUUUUGUACCAUUCUCUCCUAGCAUAGUCAAGCUAAUGUUUAAUAUCAUUUAUAUAACUAUAUACUAUAAACAUUUCAUAAUUUAUAUACAGUGAAUUUAUAAAAAUUAAAUUGUUUAAAUGAAAUACCAAGAGAUAAA